UUUAAAAAAAUACAAUUUUACGACAUAGCCAAUUUUUACUUUGUGGCUGUGGUAACUGUCGGAAAACACUAGAAAAAACUGAACAAGACAACAGUGCAACGUUAUGAGCGGUGAGGACUGGAAUAUGUGAACAUUGUACACUGCUGGUGAUAUAUAACCCACCGUUGAAGAUGCCUGCGGUGUCCCGCGGGGCGAAGGACUUGUACCUCUCUACUAACCUGGGGGACCUCAACAAGAAAGCUGAAGUCAAGCCUGACAAAAUCAACACCAGGAGCUAUGUCCAGAGUGCCUGCAAGAUCUUCAAGGCUGCGGAGGAGUGUCGUCUGGAUGGAGACGAGGAGAAGGCCUAUGUUCUCUACAUGAAAUACCUGACGGUUUAUGAUCUCAUCAAGAAGAGGCCCGACUUCAAGCAGCAACAGGAGUUCUUCCUGUCCGUGCUGGGGCCCACCAGCUUUAAAAAAGCCAUAGAAGAAGCCGAGAAACUCUCUGAAAGCCUUAAACUCAGGUACGAGGAAGUCGAGGUUCGUAAAACGCUCGAGGAGAAAGAGAGACAAGAGGAGAAGAAAAGGAGGGAGGAUAAGACGGAGAAAGAUGGAGGGAGGGCAUCUCCAAAAGCAGGGAAAGAGAUCAAGAAGGUAAAAGAGCAGAAGGAGUUGAAAAAUGUAACUUCAAAAGCUGCGGUAUCAGCAGGAGGGAUCACAGCAGAGGGGUUGUUCAAGAUGAUGAGGGACCAGGCCAUUACGGUCAUUGUGAUGGACGCCCGCUGCCUCCGAGACUUCCAGGACUCACAGAUCCAGGUCCCCACCCAGACUGUCAUCAGUGUCCCAGAGGAGGCUAUCAACCCUGGCAUCACAGUGAACCAGAUUGAGGCCAAUCUACCCGAUGCGUCCAGAGAGACGUGGAAGAGACGGGGGUUCGUAGAUUACAUCAUCCUACUGGACUGGUUCAGCUCUGUUACCGACCUCAAACUGGGAAGCACCUUACAAAGCCUCAAAGAUGCUCUCUUCAAGUGGGACAGUACCACUAUCCUGCGUAGUGAGCCCAUGGUUCUGGAGGGAGGCUAUGAGAGCUGGCUCCUCUUCUACCCCAUGUACACAUCCAACGCCAAAGUCAGACCGCCCCGAACACACAGCUACAACACCCUCCCACAGCUGAACUUCAGCUACCCGUCACUGGAGGAGCCCAAACCUCCAACCCCUCCUCCCCCCGAGCCGGACCCUGAACCCCAGGCUCCCCCUGCCUCCCUUGGUAGCGUACAGGUGAACGGUGGCCCCCUGGAGGAUCUGACCCCCUCCACAUGGAUGGAGGCUGACGCCACAGACUCACCCCACACAGGGUUCACUCACCCUGGAGUAGACCACAGCAAGAAGGACCCUGGAGCCGGUCCAGGGACCCCCAGCCAGCCUGGAGGGACAUCCAAGCACAUCCCACAGAUCGACCGUACCAAGAAGCCAUCAGUCAGAGUCUCAGACGGGUCUAAAACCCCCCUGGAUGCCCUCCCCAGGGACCUGCCCCCCUCCUCCCAGAAUGGCCCGUCUGUACCCCAACCCAACCGCUCGGUCAAACCGGCUUUUGACCCGGCGGUGCCGCUGACGGACGAGGAACGAGGUCAGAUCCACACAGAGACGGCUGCUCUGAUGGAGAAGGCCCGGAGAGAGCAGGAACAACGCAAACAGGAACGCCGCACCGAGGAGGAGUGGAGAGAGAGGGAACGCCGGGAGAACCAGGAGAAGGAAAAUGAGGAGAUGGAGAGGAGGAAAGAGGAAGAGAACAGGACUCAGGAGAGGAAGAGAUUGGAGAGACACAAGGCAGAGGAGAAGGAGAACGGGGUUAGGGAAGAGCGAGAGAAGAGGGGGAAGGAGGAUACGCCGACCAACAGUGCUUCUCUGGACUCGCCGGCUCCCAACCGUAUCGUCACGGAGAUUAAGCCGGUCCAAACCUCUCCUCGGGUACCCCCAGCCGGUCCUAACCUCUCCUUGGGGACGCCCAGCCUGUCCAAACCUCUCCUCGGGGACGCCCAGCCGGUCCAAACCUCUCCUCGGGGACGCCCAGCCGGUCCAAACCUCUCCUCGGGGACGCCCAGCCGGUCCAAACCUCUCCUCGGGGACGCCCAGCCGGUCCAAACCUCUCCUCGGGGACGCCCAGCCGCUGCGUUGUGCUGUGUCCCUCCCAAAAACCAGGCUCCCUCCCCCCUGAAGCUUAGUGGUGAUCUAAAGAGGAGUCGUCAGCCUGGGAGGUUACAGCAUAGAACAGUUGAGGACUAUGUCAUACCCAAGCGGGAGCUCCUAACUAGAGCCAGAAGUGAAGAGAUGGGGAGGAGUGUACCAGGCCUGCCUGUUGGCUGGAUGAAGUUCUUGGAUACGGUAACCGGUACCUACCGUUACUACCAUUCCCCAACCAACCGGGUGCACCGCUACCCCCCUGAGGUCAGCGUGCCCCAGACGCCCCCCUCCACCCCUCCUACGGCCAAACAGAAGCAGCCUCGCCCCGCUGAGCCAGACCAGACCAUGGACCGUGACCAGGAGCAGUCCAAACUGAAACGUUCCUAUUCUUCUCCAGACAUCAGCCAGGACCUGAGGGAGGAGGGGCUAAAGAAGGUUACCGCCCCUAUAACUGCAGCCACGCGCCCAACCUUUAACAGGGAGACCAAACCGUCCACUGCUAGCGUCUACACCAAGGUGGAGAUCGCCCGUCCGUCUGCGGCUAAGAUCCGUAACCUGAACCCUGUGUUCGGCGGUCUGGGCGCCUCGCUCACCGGCCUGCGGAACCUCGGGAACACCUGCUACAUGAACUCCAUCCUGCAGUGUCUCUGCAACACCCCGGCCAUGGUCGACUACUUCAACAAGAACCUCUAUCAGGAGGAUAUCAACAGGGCAAAUAUCCUGGGUCACCGAGGCGAGGUGGCAGAGGAGUUUGGUGUGAUCAUGAAGGCUCUGUGGUCAGGCCUGUAUAAGUGUAUCAGCCCCCGCGACUUUAAGGUCACUAUAGGGAAGAUCAAUGAAUCCUUCUCUGGCCAGGAACAACAGGACUCCCAGGAGCUGCUGCUCUUCCUUAUGGACGGACUCCACGAGGACCUCAACAAGGCUGCUAACCGUAAGGGUUACAUAGAGGAGGAGAAUGACGAUCUGGACGACCAGCGGGCUGCUAACCAGGCCUGGACCAAACACAAGCUGCUCAACGAGUCUGUCAUCGUAGCGCUGUUCCAGGGUCAGUUUAAGAGCACAGUUCAGUGUCUCACCUGCCACAGGAAGUCCCGCACCUUCGAGACCUUUAUGUACCUGACCCUGCCGCUGGCCUCCACCAACAAGUGUUCCCUGCAGGACUGUCUGAAGCUGUUUUCUAAGGAGGAGAAGAUGACCGACCAGAACAAGGUGUUCUGUCGACACUGUAAAGCUCUCAGAGACUCCGUCAAGAAACUGGAGAUCUGGAAGGUCCCGCCCAUCAUACUGGUUCACCUUAAACGGUUCUCAUACGAGGGCCGUUGGAAACAGAAGCUGCAGACGACAGUAGACUUCCCUCUGGAGAACCUAGACCUCAGUCAGUAUGUCAUCGGACCCAGACUCGGCCUCAAGAGAUACAACCUGUUUGGAGUGUCUAACCAUUAUGGCGGUCUGGAUGGGGGUCACUACACAGCCUACUGUAAGAACGCCAUGAAACAGCGCUGGUACAAGUUUGACGACCACGAGGUCUCCGAAAUCUCCACCUCCACCGUCAAGUCCUCCGCAGCGUACAUCUUCUUCUUCUCCUCUCUGUGAGGGCAGAGCUGCAACACUGCUAGGAGCUAUGAGGCUACAUAAAGGCUACAUAAAGGCUAGCUAACAUGCAAGCUGCUUUGACUCAGCUUCCUCUGCUGGUGGGAGAAAGGAACUGAACUGGCGAUGUUUUUGUUAACUGAACUGAACUGCCAGGGGCCAUACUUGUGAACUUUUGCUUAGAGCAUGGUUUAAACCGUUAGUCUAAAAUGGCUGCUAGCUGUUUCUCUCAAGCCAACCUGGCCAAAUUAGCCACAACGCUAAUUAGCCACCACGCUGAGGAAGGCCAGCUAAGUAGAUGAUUAUAUCCGAAUAAACAAAUCAACCUAUCAGAUAACUUAGAGCCACCAUCCAAUCACAUUUGUUCAUUAGGUAAAUUUGCUUCCAACUGAUUGGUUUAAUUUGUUACCCAUGGUCUAAGUGGAGUUUCCCCAAUAUAUUGUUUUGCAUGAUGCUUCCUUGACUAGGCAAGUGGCAUCAUAGAAAAAUGACGGUUUUCGCAUAUAUGAUGAAGUUCUGUGUUGUUUCUUAUCCAUUUAACAUCCAUGUACUUUCCAAAUUACAAACGUAGGAGGAUUAUAUUAUAACAUGUUUGUUAUUCAUACAUUGUGAAAGUGAUUUAUUUUUAAGGAGGAAAAUCAUGGUCUAAGCAGAAGUUCACAAGUAUGGCCAUGCAAGGUUUGUAGGUUUUGGAUAACUGAACUGGCUAGGUUUGGUGGUUUUGGUAGACUGAACUGACAGGUUGAAAUGUGGAUGUGUGGAAAGACAGGGACACACUGUAGCGUGUGGUGGAAGGGUGGGUUAGUGACUGGGUGUGUGCAGGAAAGGGAGAGACGCAGGCACUCCGAUGCUUCAACUCAUAGAGGACUCAACAGCUGUUAAAACACAACGUCUAUUCAUAUUAAACCAGAGAGCAGGGAGAGGGAUCCCUGUUCUAAUCACCUCAGCUUAAAACCCUGUUCUUAACACAGCAACGUUGUCAUUCUGCUAGUUCUGGGUUUCAGUUGAGUCUGUGUGGCGUGGACAGACUUUUGUUAGUACACACAGACCUUAGACACAGACCUUAUUUAAGCUUCCAUGUACUGUGAAUCUUCUAGUGAAGAGUACAGGGACGUUUAGUUAGGAAGACUGACGUAUAGGGACGUUUAGUUAGGGAGACUCACGUAUAGGGACGUUUAGUUAGGGAGACUGACGUUUAGUUAGGAAGACUGACGUAUAGGGACGUUUAGUUAGGAAGACUGACGUAUAGGGACGUUUAGUUAGGGAGACUGACGUUUAGUUAGGAAGACUGACGUAUAGGGACGUUUAGUUAGGGAGACUGACGUUUAGGGACGUUUAGUUAGGGAGACUGACGUAUAGGGACAUUUAGUUAGGAAGACUGACUCAUAGGGACGUUUAGUUAGGAAGACUGACGUAUAGGGACGUUUAGUUAGGGAGACUGACGUUUAGGGACGUUUAGUUAGGGAGACUGACGUAUAGGGACGUUUAGUUAGGGAGACUGACGUAUAGGGAUGUUUAGUUAGGAAGACUGACGUACAGGGACGUUUAGUUAGGGAGACUGACGUAUAGGGACGUUUAGUUAGGAAGACUGACGUAUAGGGACGUUUAGUUAGGGAGACUGACGUAUAGGGACGUUUAGUUAGGAAGACUGACGUACAGGGACGUUUAGUUAGGGAGACUGACGUAUAGGGACGUUUAGUUAGGAAGACGUACAGGGACGUUUAGUGUGACGUACAGGGACGUUUAGUGUGACGUACACGGCCUUCGGAAAGUUUUCAGACCCCUUGACUUUUUCCACAUUUUAUUACGUUACAGCAAAUGUAUUGAGUUGUUUUUUCUCCUCAUUAAUCUACACACAAUACCCCAUAAUGACAAAGCAAAAACAGGUUUUUAUGCAUGUUUGCUAAUUUAUUCAAAAUAAAUAAGUAUUUACA